AUGAAUAAGAAAAAUUCCCGUUUCCUGCAAGUCUCCGAAAAGUCAAACUCCAUUCCUUCAGCCUCUUUUUUUCUCUCUCUUGCAGCCCCAGCCACUUUUGACCCGAGCAUCGCGGGGUAUCCCCGGUGGGGAGGGGGAGAGAGGGAAUUUGUUGCGGUGCUGCCCGAGAAGAGCGUCACUGCGCUGAUGAAUCACGACUCACGCUCGGGUUUCCUUGUUCCUCUUUUCUUGCUUUUUGCAUGUGCUUCCACCUUUUUCUUCGCCUUGCCUCCACAUCCAUCGUUGGCUUUGCCACUGCCUCUCGACCAUCGUGGUUGGAUUUUUGGCUUUUCCUCCGUGCUUCUAGUCCUCCUCGGUUCCAUCUUCACGCGGUUCCCCGCCUCUUCUGAUCCUCGCGGCUUCUGGCAGCAGGCAAAGACUCACAUCUUCUUCAUCCUUCGUUCCUUCGUGACGUUCUUUGCGUGUACUGAUUUUCUCUCUUCUCCGCUCUCCCUCUAUUUCUUCUUCUCCGUGUCUCCUCGCUCCAGCCGCAGCAUGGCCACCGCCGAACAUUGUAUCGUAUGCUUCGAGGCUCUUGAUGCCGAACUCAAUAACCGCAAACCUCUCUCCCUUGAACAAAUCCAGUCCUCUUGGGCUGCGUACAAAGCCAGCAGGUCUACCUCCGCCGACGCUCCCUUGAAUCCGGCUCUCCGCCGUCUCGCUGCUGACGCCGCUUCCUCAUCGUCUUCGUCUUCCUCAUCGUCAACGUCACUCUCGGCAACAGGAGGAGAUUCAACGCCUGCAACAUCCACCUCCUCCCUUCCUGAUGCUCCGCCAACGGCAGCUCCCCUCUUCAUCACCUGGAAUACCGUCGAUCCAGACGACCAGGACGUCUCCCUCCGCGGCUGCAUCGGCACCUUUGAGUCUCAGCCUCUGACGGAAGGAAUUAGCGAAUAUGCCCUCAUUUCCGCUCUGCAAGACACACGCUUCCGCCCCAUAUCCAAGCGCGAACUGCCCUCGCUUCAGGCAGCCGUAACGCUUCUCACAGACUUUGAAGAGGCAGAUGACAUGCACGACUGGGUGGUUGGAACUCACGGUAUCCGAAUUUCGUUUUCAGAUCGCGGCCGCCGCUACGGUGCAACGUAUCUUCCCGACGUGGCACUAGAGCAGGGAUGGACCAAGGACGAGGCUCUCUUCAGCUUGAUCCGCAAGGCAGGCUGGAUGGGCAGUCGAUCCAAGUGGCAGGACUUGGACAUCAAAGUAACUCGCUACCAGGGCAAGAAAAUCAGCGUCGACUAUCCAGAGUACAAGAAGUGGAGAGACUGGGUCGAAAGCAAGCAGUAA